AUGUCGCAAACCCUAACCAGCCAAACGGUGGCUGUAGACUCGACACAAUCAUACCCGUCGCUUUUCCAGAUUGGGGCAGAAGUUCCUCGCUUUGCGAUCCAGUAUCGCUGGUGGGAAGAUGAAGCCACCACAGUUCUGUGGGCUUUCAACAUCCCAGAAAUACGUCAAGUGAUCCGCUUUGCGCUCUUUCGGGAUGAAAAUUCUCCACGUAAUUCCCUAUUGAGUCGAAAUGCAGACGCUAUCGACACCUUUCUGAUCGCACUGUCCGAUCCUCGAGAGCAUCAGUUUCUUGGAGCCCUUUCACAUCUUCAAAGAGUCGAGGAAAUUCUGCGGCGAUCGCGUAUUCAGCCGCCCUCAACUGUGCCUUGGACCUGGUGUCCUCCACCUCCAGGCCACUCACUCGAUGCUCGAGCAAUUGCGGGGGCUAUUGAAGCUGCAAGUCAUUUUCAGUUCGGUAGGAUUGUGUUCGAGGAAAUUGUGCGUGCCUCAUUGGGAUACCAUGCACCCUCAAUCGAGUGGUUUCUGCUACAGCAUACGUCGCUUUACAUUCAUCUUCUUGAUCACCUUCAAAUUUAUCCCGAGGAGAUCCCUCUCUAUAUAGAAGUGGAGAAACACCUGAGAAACAAAAGUCCCUUCGCACAUAAGGCUCUGGUUCAUAGUAUCCGCACUGUGCAGCCAGAUGCCACGCAGCAUAUGCCUCGACCCACAUCCCCAGGCUUCGAAUUUAUCGCAGGCCCUAUUCAGCGUCUGUUCAAAGACCAGCCUCCGAGCUUGAAGUCUAUUCUUAAAAUCUUCAGCGUGUUGGCAAUUAGAUUCCGGCAGCAGUAUAUCCAUACGCCCAAGAUGGAGUGGACCAAAUCUUUUGAUACCACAAUUCUAUUUCUGGAGGACUACCUCAACUCGACAUCACCUAUGGAUCUGGCUAGUACCCUAACGGGUGCGGAUGAAAUCGAUUAUUCCCGGUUAUCCCGACAGAGUAUCGCUACCAACGACGCACAUGUAAGAGGCAUUUUGGAGAACUGGCAUACGCUCCGCAUCUCAGUAUGGGAGUGCUGUUCUGCUCUCCCUGAUACUGUGCCUUAUCUACGAGACUGUGCCCAGAGACUUCUCAGUUCCCACAACUACCAUUCUCUUACGGCCCUAUUAGAUGGCCUUCAUCGGUACAACAUUUCCACCGCCCGAUCUCGAGGCCUGAACAGCACAAUUGGUGGCAUGGUGGUGUUAGAUCCCAUGCUCCCCCCAGAACUCAUCGCUAUCACCGAGCCUGCUCAAAAUUAUACCAAUUAUCGGCAACACUAUAACCUAAAACCGGGGAUUCCGUUUCUCAUCCCACACCUUCGGGAGUUCCAGCAGCGCGGGGAGAUCGCCAUCCAGCCACUGCUCCAAUAUUUGCAAAUCUCUUCGACCGAAAAAUGA